AUGAGACUAUUCUUGGCGACGAUGGUCGCCAGACAACAGGCCCGUGCCUUCUCCAACACUGCCGCCUUUCAACCAGCCAAGAUUGUUGCUUCUGCUCCCUUAUCUACCAGAGUUGCUUUCCAGCAUUCCAGGAACAAUAACAAUUUGCGAUUAUUCAGCAGUACUGCAGACUUGGAUGCACUAAAUGAAAAGAUCACCGCCAAGGGAAACGAGAUUCGUGAGCUCAAGGAAGGUGGCAUCGAAAAGGCCGAUCUUGCACCUCACAUUCAAGAAUUGUUGGCACUCAAGGCCCAACUCCCCGAAGACGCACAAGAAAAGCCAAAAAAGGAAAAGAAACCACCCAAGCAAAAGAAGGCCCCACCCCAGAAAAAGGCACCUCCAAAGAAGGUAGAAGAGAUGUCCGAGUCGGAAUUGAGAUUGAAUCGACUGUCCAAGAUCGAUGCCAUGAGGGAAGCAAAUAUUGAGCCAUUUGAAUACACAUUUGAUCAGACUCGAUCGGCAGCUCAGCUGGUAGCAGAGUACGAUGGAAAACUAGAAGGCGGUGAAGAAGAUGAAGAAUCUGAUGUUGCCGUUGCUGGUAGAAUCAUGACACGUCGAGUCUUUGGAAAGCUUGCCUUUUUCACACUCCAAGACGAAACUGGAACCAUCCAGCUUCAGUUCGAUAAGGCACGACUAGGAGAUACAUUCAAGGGAAUCAAAGACUUUACGGAUGGAGGUGAUAUUAUCGGUGUGCGAGGAACCGUCAGACGUACUGAUAAGGGAGAGUUGACUGUUUAUGCCAAGGAGUGGAAGAUGUUGACCAAGUCCAUCUUGCCACUUCCUGAUAAAUUCCACGGACUGCAAGACAUCACCAAGCGUUAUCGUUCCCGACACGUAGACUUGAUUGUGAAUCCUGAGGUCCGCGAAACCUUCAAAAAGAGAGCCAAGAUUACUUCCAUGAUGCGCCGAAUGCUUGACGACAUGGGCUUUUUGGAAAUCGAGACUCCCGUUCUUCAUUCCCAAAGUGGGGGUGCCGAAGCCAAGCCUUUUGAAACCUUUCACAACUCGAUGGAUAUGGACUUGACCCUCCGUAUUGCUACUGAAUUGCAUUUGAAACGUCUCAUUAUUGGUGGAUUCGAGCGAGUGUACGAAUUGGGCCGCAUUUUUCGAAACGAAGGUAUCUCGACACGACACAAUCCAGAAUUCACCUCGAUUGAACUCUACCAAGCUUAUGCCGAUUAUGAUGAUAUGAUGGACUUGACUGAACAUUUGGUUUGCUCCAUUGCUGAGGAAGUCUGUGGUGGACUCGAACUGCCAUACGGAGAGCACACUGUUAGUUUCGAACGCCCAUGGAGACGAGUGACCAUGCACGAUGUUGUCAAGGAACAAAUCCCUGAUUUCGACUUUGCUAGUUUGGAUUUGGAAGAUCCCGAAUCCUUGGUCAAGGCCAAGGCUGCCGCCGGUGCUGCUGGUGUUCCCGGAGUCGAAGGCCUCAAGACUGUUGGCGAAGUCCUGAACGUUUGCUUUGAAGAAUUAUGCGAGCCAAAGUUGAUUCAACCCACCUUUGUGAUUGACUAUCCCGUCGAAGUGAGUCCCUUGGCCAAACCUCACCGCACCAAGCCCGGACUGGUGGAACGGUUUGAACUCUUUGCUGUCGGCCGAGAGCAUGCCAACUCCUUUAGCGAAUUGACCGACCCAAUAGACCAAAGAGCCCGAUUUGAAGCACAAGCCGAGAAGAAGGCAGCUGGAGACGAAGAGGCCUGCGAUGUCGACGAAGAAUUCUUGCAAGCUUUGGAACAAGGAAUGCCACCAACUGGGGGAUUGGGUAUUGGUAUCGAUCGUUUGAUCAUGCUCUUGACCAAUGCUCCUUCCAUUCGUGAUGUUAUUGCAUUCCCACUGUUACGACCAGAUACUGACGGCAAGUAA